AUUGUUGCAUCAGAUUUAUUGUAUCAGUUCUUGAAUUUUAGAUCACUACUAUAAAUAAUACAUUUUUGGGUUAAAUGCAAUUCACCCCCCUGCCAUUAGGGCGUGUUUCAGAUUUGUCCCCUUGAAUCUUUUUUUUUUAAGAAGACACCCUUAUAAAAGUGUAAACCCAGUUUCACCACACCCUUUUACUACCAAUGCUGACUGGGCUUUGAUUGAUUGGCUGACGUGGCAAAUGAAUUAUGCUGACUGUGUUAUCUUCUUAAAAAUAAAUAGAUUUCUAGGGUUUUCUUUCUCCCCCAAUCUGAAAAUUGCUCGUACCAGUUUCAAUUCCAUCCCUGUGCUUACCCUGUUCUUCCUCGUCCAUUCAAUUCGAUCAUCGCGUAGUCAUGGUUGGAUGCAGUUCACGAAUGAGCACGGUUGGGUCAGUAUCAUCGCAUGAUUUGCCCAGAUGUGGGUGUGGUGUAACGAUGAAGAUGUGGAGAGCCAACACAGUGCAAAACCCCAACCGAAAAUUCUGGAAAUGUCGAAGCGCUGGGACUGAGAAUAGCUGUGAACUAUUUUUAUGGGAUGAUGAAAUUGUCGAAUUCAACAAAGGAGAAACUGUCACUUCACCAUUUUGCAAGAAGUGUGAUAUACUACAAAUGAAACUGGAAUCAGUGUCAAACAAAUUGGAGAAAGUGAAGAUGAAGGUUGAAGUUCAGAAAAGGAAAAUUAUGCAGCUUAGGAUAACACUUGUUUUGUGUUGUAUGAUUGUUGGUUUUAUUUACAAUUUCAUGUAAUUUGUCUAAUUUAGUUAGGGUUGAAUGAUGUAAUUUUCGAUGAUGUGUAAUAUACUUGGAAACAUGUUUUUAAUUGA